GCAUCCGAGAAGGUCGGAAGAAGGUAAGAGGAUUGUCGUUGCGACACUGCUGAGAGCUCCAUGCUGAUCCUCUUUCGCGUUACUCAGUCUCAUUACUGAACAUGACGGUGUCCUUUGCCGCUACCACAGUGCUACCAGACCCCGCGCGUUCCGAGACCGCCGCCAGCGCCCCACCCGAAGCCAGGUCCAGUGCAGACCUAUCCUGGCACUGUCGAAGUUGCGGUAAGGAUCCGUGCGAGGAUCCGACAGCGACACAGUGCGGACAUAUCUUCUGCUACAAGUGUAUCGUGAAGGAGAUCGCGGAGAAUAUGCAGUGUCCGGUUUGCAACAAACUGUUCCUCUUGCGACUUCAGGCAUUUUGAUCGGACGGAUGCAGCGUGCAGGACUUGUAUCUCGUGUAUGUUCUUACUUGUACGUGUAGUGUGUUCCAAGCUACUUUCGCGUUGACUUUUGUGUACGGAUUCCCUGAUAGGGUCCCGCUACAAAGGACACAACGUAAUGCCAGUGAGUGAUGUUGCCCC